AUGACGUAGACAAAUUUCGUUUUCUUGAACGCCGGAAUCAUGACGAGCAAUAAGGUAAGCACAAUAUUUCUCUUUAAUUUCAUUAUAUACUAAUGAAUUUUAUAUAAAAACGACAUAUGUUUACGUCAUAUAUUACGAUUGACCGUAGAGAAAUAAUUUAAUUUACAUUGAUGCUUCUCAUCAGAGAGUGGUUUUCUUUGUUUCGUACAAAACCUUAAUUCGUUUUAUCAUAGAUGGAAGUUGAUGAUGUUCCGGCCACAGACGGUCUAAAAAAGUACUAUAUCUCCAAAAUGGAUGAGAUGAACAGAGAACUAUCAGAUAGAACACACAAUGUUAGAAGAUUGGAGGCUCAAAGGAAUGAAUUAAACGCUAGAGUUCGUUUGCUUAGGGAAGAAUUAGGUCUUUUACACGAACAAGGAUCUUACGUAGGAGAAGUUGUUAGGCCAAUGGAUAAAAGUAAAGUACUUGUAAAGGUUCAUCCUGAGGGAAAAUUUGUCGUCGAUGUUGAUAAGUCAAUCAACAUACCCUCAUUGACGGCUGGUGCUCGCGUAGCCCUCCGCAACGACUCUUAUACUUUACACAAAGUAUUACCAAGCAAAGUUGAUCCUCUUGUAAGCUUAAUGAUGGUGGAAAAAGUUCCUGACUCUACUUAUGAACUUGUUGGUGGUUUGGAUAAACAAAUAAAAGAAAUAAAAGAAGUUAUUGAAUUGCCCGUAAAACAUCCAGAGUUAUUUGAAGCUCUGGGUAUAGCUCAGCCUAAAGGUGUUUUACUUUACGGUCCUCCUGGAACUGGUAAAACCCUGCUGGCCAGAGCUGUAGCUCAUCACACCGAUUGUACAUUCAUUAGGGUUUCGGGUUCUGAACUCGUUCAAAAGUUUAUUGGUGAAGGAUCGAGGAUGGUUCGAGAACUCUUUGUAAUGGCCAGAGAACAUGCGCCCUCAAUCAUUUUUAUGGACGAAAUCGAUUCCAUAGGCUCCACGAGAAUCGAGAGUGGCAGUUCAGGCGGUGGUGAUAGUGAAGUUCAAAGAACCAUGCUUGAACUUCUUAAUCAGUUAGAUGGUUUUGAACCAAAACAAAAUAUCAAGGUUAUAAUGGCAACAAACAGAAUUGAUAUAUUAGAUUCAGCUUUACUUCGUCCAGGAAGAAUUGACAGAAAGAUCGAGUUUCCUGCUCCAAACGAACAGGCUAGAUUAGAUAUUCUACGAAUUCAUUCAAGACGAAUGAAUUUGACACGAGGUAUAAAUUUACGAAGAAUCGCAGAACUCAUGCCGGGAGCAUCAGGAGCUGAGGUUAAGGGUGUAUGUACUGAAGCUGGAAUGUAUGCCCUUAGAGAGAGACGGGUACACGUGACCCAGGAUGACUUUGAGCUAGCCGUAGCUAAGAUUAUGCAAAAAGACUCGGAGAAAAAUAUGUCCAUCAAGAAACUGUGGAAGUAA